UAGUCUGCACUGCCCAGGACUGGUCAGUGCAAUUUUUUUACGAACAGUGAUCCUUACAGAUUUGUGAAGCCAGUCUUUUCCAAUAGCCUGGCGGUUAUACUCUUUGUUAGAAAAGUUAUUGGAGGAAAUUAGCAGCAGAGAAGUUAAGGCCGAGAAAGCUUAAGGCUACUUUAAGGGACUUGAAAUCGAAUUGAUGGACACAAGCUACUGGUCUGGAAACAGAAGAGAUUGGAGAUCAACUGGAACUUUCUGCUGUUGGAACAAUUAAAUACAUCAGUAUAGUUUUGAAACGGUUGAAGGCAUGAAGGAUAUAUGCAGGGAACAUGCUCGCCUUCUGCUACACAACAAGUUUGUUGUGAUCCUAGGGGACUCAAUUCAGCGUGCCGUUUACAAGGAUCUGGUUUUGCUGUUGCAGAGGGACAGCUUUCUUACAGUGUCUCAACUCCGAGCCAAGGGGGAGCUGAACUUUGAGCAAGACUUCCUGGUGGAAGGCGGGAAGAUUGGUGGACUGACCAAUGGGACGGAGUACAAGGAGGUACGGCAGUUUCGUUCUGCCCAUCACCUUGUCCGCUUCUACUUCCUGACCCGUGUUUACUCAAAGUAUGUGGAGAGCGUCCUGGCAGACUUCCAGGCAGGGCCACAACCAGAUGUGCUGAUUGUCAACUCCUGUGUGUGGGACGUAUCCAGGUACGGCCCGAGCUCCAUGGAGGAGUAUAGAGUGAACCUGGGGAAAUUCUUCACCCGCCUAGGGGAGGUGCUGCUCCCGGAGUGCCUGGUCAUGUGGAAUAUGGCUAUGCCUCUCGGCAAAAAGAUAUACGGGGGCUUUCUCAUACCCGAGUUACAGCACCUGGACCAGUCGCUGCGUUCCGACAUCAUUGAGGCAAACUUCUACAGCGCGACGCUAGCAGACUCGCACAGGUUUGACGUGUUGGAUCUGCACUACCACUUCCGCUUUGAGCUGCAGAACCGCACCAAGGACGGCGUGCACUGGAACCAGCUCGCUCACCGCAAGAUCACCUUUCUCCUCCUGGCACACAUAGCCGAAGCCUGGAACGUGGAGGUGCCGGACAGCAAGAGGCAAAAUCUGCUUUGUAAUGAGAACAUUGAGUACAACCCUGCUGCGUGCCAGCAUGGCAACAGAGAAGUGCGCCAGCCUUACAUUUAUAGCAGUCCUGCUGCAGACCUCUGCUGGAGUGAGAUCCAGAGAUAUGGGGGUCCCAUUCAUUACUAUGACAGGCAGGCUCCUGGGCUGGUUCCAGUUCAUCACCAUCCUUAUAAGGCAGGUGGCCUAGCUCUGCCCCGUGAAACAGAACCUGCAUGGAGGCUGAACUCAAAUUACCAGAAUCUUCCUUGGAAGGCCUGUGGUGGAGGUCCAAAUACAAGCUUUCAGGACGACUCCCCACUGAUCGGUGUGUCUGCUUCUGUCAUGGGCUUCACCACUGGCUACAUCAGCUUUGAGGAGCACCACAGCAACCAUUACAACAGAAACAACACCAUGAAUAAUGAGCCCUGCUGGAAUGAGAACCGGAGGUUUUUGGCUCCCAAUCAGUACUUUCACAGGGAGGCCCUGCGGCCGGCUCCAGAAAUACAUGCCUUUCAUUAUAGGGAGCCACUUUUCGGUGGGAUGUCUAUGUAUAAUGAUGCUCCUUACUUGUCAGCUGCCUAUGAAAACAGAAGUAACGUUGUUAUGAAGCAGCGCCCUGUGAAGAGAUACUAUCCUCCCAACAAGAGGCCCAAUGCAAAGCCCUAUUACAGAAACUGAGUCCUGGAGAAUGUAGGGCAAGAACAUGGCAUUCUUUCCUAAAUUUUACUUUACAACAACUUUUUUUUUUAUUAUUUAAUUAUAUGUAUUCAAAAAAAUGGAAAUGUGUGUCACUACUUUAAAAAAAAAAUAUAUAUAUAUAUAAAAUAAAUCCCACUGCCUUAUAGAACCUUAUGUAGCACACUUAGCUGGAAUAGUUUUUGUAACUGUUGCUAGAAUGAUGCGCCAGUUAGGGAGAUGCAGAAGUAAUAGUGUUUGUGUUUUAUAUCUGUUUGAAUUUUGAUCACCUUCCAGAAAUUUGGAUUUCACAAGUUCUUUUGUACAUUUAUUUUUGGUUAGUUGGAUCUAAAUGUAGUUGAUCACUUAGUCCUGUUCUUGUUUUUAUGCAUGUUUUUGUAAUAGUUAAUAAAGUACAUUUUGGAUUAAA